AUGACAGUUUUGUUUAAGCCAGUGAAAUAUCUUAAAGAACAGGAUUGCUGUCAUCCGAGUAAGCAACCGGAUGCCAGAUGUAGGCCAAUCGAAGUGCCGGAAGGCCAGCUGCAAGAGAUCAGAAAAACUAAUUUAGCUCGGCUUGCUUGCGAUAAUGCGGAAGGCAUUGAAUACAUACAGCCGCAGGCGUUUUUCAACGUGAGGACAGAGUAUGUUCAUGAUGUUUUACUU